AUGAAGCAGGAAGAGCGCUGCCAGGUGGUGGUGUGUCGCCAUGGCCAGGACCCAUCCAGUGGUGCCAAAUUCAUCCUGAAACCCGGGGAGUCCAUACGUCUUGGUCGUGGACGUGGAAGUGAGGUGUUGCUGGACUAUGAGGGUGUCUCCAAGGCUCACGCGGAAGUGUCCUUGCGUGAGAAGUUGCCAGAGGAAGUGAUCCUUGGAUCUGACGUCAAGCUUCCCACCAUGCUGUCUAUCCGCGACUUGACCUCCAGAAAUGGCAUUGGAAUUCACAAAAAGCCAGAGGACCAGGCGGACCAAGAUUGCAUUCCCACCAUUGGCUCCUUUGAACGACUUCAAUCUGCAACUUCGCAGGUGCUCCAAGACGGCUGCUGUAUUUUGAUCCCAGCAAAGAGUCGGCGUUAUGACAAGCAGAUGACGAUAGAGCAGCGAAUCCUCACCUUCCAUGUGAGCACGGUGAUGAUUGAUGUCCCAGUGCCUGUGCCCCCUGCCCCACGUCCGGUGGAGCGUCGUUUGCCACCGGCCGUGGCACCGCAUAUUCCCGUCGCUCCAGUGGCUCCGGUGGCUCCCGUUCGAGCCAUGGCGCCACGUGCAGCUCCAGUGGUGCCCCAUGUCCCCCGCGUGUCGCCACCCCCGCGCUAUGCAGCACCAGUGGCGCCUGAGGAGUUGGCCAAGGCAGUGACGGCAGUGACGGCAGUGACGGCAGUGAAACCGAAAAAGAAAAAGCCAAAGACUUCAAAGACCACGGAGGAGGAGCGCUUGAGCUUCGCUCGUCCAGUGCGCACCGAAGGCCUUGCCACAUUGACGGGAGAGGCCUGGCCGCCCAUCUUGCCACGAGAGGAGGUGGAGGGUCAUGAUGUACCGAUCCGAGGUGAGCGCCGGGCGGACAAGGUGGAGGUCUCUAGUGAUGAAGAAACGGCACCAGCUUUGACACAGGCCAAUGUGGCCAGGGCAUCCACUGCCGCGGCAGUGGCUGCAGGUGUGGUGGAGCCACCAGACGUGGAUCCGGAACUUCGUAGCAUUUCACCCAUCUCCACCCCAGGUGUGUUCCCAUGGCAAGCGGAGAAGAAGACGAGCAAGAAGAAGCGGGCUGAAUCACCACAGAGCGCAGACGUCCACCACAAAAAGCGCAAGGGCGAUGGCGGCAAGUCCAAGUCCAAGAAAUUGACCCUGACGGCAGCGUCCUCGGGAAUGCAAUGGGAUCCAUAUAUGCAACGCGAGGCCUCACCCUCACCAUGCUCUCAUCUGCCGGAUGUCCGAAAGGAGGCAAAGAAGAAGCACGGGGCAGAGAAGAAGAAGCGUAAGGACAAAGAUGGCGGGAGGAAAAAGCUGCUGAGACCCUGGGAUGAUCUAGCUAAAUGGAUAGCAACUGAAUGCAACUGA